AUGGACGGUGGAUACCAAGAAAAUAAUGAAUAUUGCAAUUACCGAUCUGCAUUAUCAACCAGAUAUGCAUCGACAGAAAUGAAAUAUAAUUUUAGCGAUAUGAAAAAAUUUUCAACUUGGAGAAAACUAUGGGUUUAUUUAGCAACUGGACAAAAAUCACUCGGAAUAAAUAUAACCGACGCACAAAUUAAAGAAAUGGAAGCAAAUUUAUAUAAUAUAGAUUUUGUCAAAGCUUCAGAUGAAGAGAAAAAAACUAGGCAUGAUGUUAUGGCUCAUGUUCAUGUAUUUGCCGAAUGUUGUCCACUAGCAGCACCCAUUAUUCACCUUGGAGCAACUUCAUGCUAUGUUGGUGAUAACACUGAUUUAAUUAUAAUUAGAGAUGGUUUUAAAAUUUUGUUACCCAGAUUAGCAGCUUGUAUUCAAACUUUAUCCCAAUUUGCUCUCGAUUACAAAGAUUUACCAACUUUGGGAUUUACUCAUUUACAACCUGCUCAAUUGACUACUGUUGGAAAGAGAGCAUGUUUAUGGUUGCAAGAUUUGUUGAUGGAUGAAAGAGCAUUGAGAAGAGCUUUAGAGGAUCUUAAAUUUAGAGGUGUCAAAGGUACAACAGGUACCCAAGCAUCUUUCAUGCAACUCUUUGAAAACAAUUCUGAGAAAGUUAAAAAAUUAGAUGAGUUUGUAACGAAAGCUGCUGGAUUUAAAAAAUCAUAUACUGUCACAGGUCAAACUUAUUCUAGAAAGGUUGACAUUGAAUGUGUUAAUGUUUUAUGCAGUUUGGGUGCUAGCGUUCACAAGAUUUGUUCAGAUAUUAGAAUUUUGGCAAACAUGAAAGAAAUAGAAGAACCUUUUGAAUCAACUCAAAUCGGUUCAAGUGCCAUGCCUUACAAAAGAAAUCCAAUGAGAAGUGAAAGAUGUUGUUCAAUUGCCAGACAUUUAAUUACUCUAGCUAGUAAUCCUUUAAAUACUGCUGCAGUUCAGUGGUUUGAAAGAACAUUGGAUGAUUCUGCAAAUAGGAGAAUGACUUUAUCAGAAGCAUUUUUGUCAGCAGACAGCAUUCUUUUAACUUUGCAAAAUGUUUUCGAAGGUUUAAUCGUUUAUCCUAAAGUUAUUGAUAGACAUAUUAAAGAAAAAUUACCAUUUAUGAGUACAGAAAAUGUUAUUAUGGCAAUGGUUAAGGCUGGAGGAGAUCGUCAAGAAUGCCAUGAGAACAUUAGAGUUUUGUCACACGAAGCUGGUAGAGAAGUUAAAGAGUUUGGUAGAGCAAAUGAUCUUGUAGAAAGAAUUAAAAAAAAUCAGUAUUUUAAACCAAUUAUAAAUCAACUGGAUUCAUUGUUAGAUCCUUCAACAUUUAUCGGCAGAGCUCCUCAACAGGUUACUGAAUUUAUUAAAGAAGAAGUCCAACCUAUUUUAGCUUUAUACAAGGGACAAAUAGGAGAAAAAAUUUCUUUAAACAUUUAG